UUUAUUUCUGUUUAUCUAUAAGGCAAAAAAAUAAAGAUGGCCGUAAAAAAACUAGUAAUAGUAAUUCGUAUUGCCAAAAGUCAUUCUUAAUGUCAUUUUGAUCUGCGUACUUAUUUCUCUUUCUUAAAUGGGAUCAAAGAUAGAAGAAGGCAUAGAUGAAAGCAGUUUUAGAUUUUCUUUCGGAAGAGAGGAUGGAAAGUAUGGAGAAACGAUGGUGACCGUCCAUCAAAAGCAACUUUUUGGGGACUUUAAUGUUGAGCAUAAAAUAGAUGAGAGCCUUUACUCGAUGUGCUUUGAAGAUUAUUCGGGUACCCCGGUUUGUUUCUUAUGCCUAAACACGUACCCAUGGACCCUGAGCGUGCCGCCAUGGGACUGGGAGUUUUGGAUUAACAAAUUGUACGGUCUGAACAUGGUGAAUUCUUGGAAUGCUCUGUGGAUUCAUCUUAUACUGUGGGAUCAGAAGUACAAGUACACUUUCUUUCUACCUUUGUUACAAAGAUUUUUUGCUCGCAAACCACUCAUUAAGUAUUUGAUACUAAUUUUACCACCAAACGUAAAGGGUAUGAAAUGGAUUGAUUCACAUGGUAUAAGAAUAUUUCCGAAAGAUGUGGAAACCCACAAUUGUCAAACCCUCGUACUUUUCACAGCCGAUGCAAUUCUUCCACGUUAUAAAAUUCGUCAAGCUGUUGAAGAAGACAACGACGACGUGGUAGAAAUAAUAAAGAAAGACUCGUUACGUCUUACGGAAAUGUACGGUGACUUUUACAUUGCCGAAAUAUUGACAACACAUCGAAAUAGCGGCAGGCAAAUAAUUGUUGCCGAAUACGAUGGAGUCGCCGUGGGUGUUUUAGUUCUUAACGAGAACGUUAAUUUGGAACUUUUGAAACAUAAUUUCGAACUGACUCCUCUCUUCAAUCUCAGGAAAUUCCCUGACGAAGAAGUGGACUAUCUAUUUAAUAUUUUUGAUCAAUAUCCGUGCGGUGAAAUGGAAGGCGAAGACGAACAAUCGAAAGAUGAAGGUCAUAAAAGCAAACGUUGGUCGAAGACAUCAUACUCCGUGUAUACUCAAGCUCAUUCUGACGUUGACUCACGGAGUCAGACUAGUUCCGAGACCAGCGAAGAAGACGUUUCGCUUAAAGAUCUAGUAUCGCUGCAUGUCCGUGAUGACGCAUCACGGUCCGAUUUAGAAUCAUUACCUUCGCAUUGUAAAGAUGAAGUUAAACCAACUGACCUUGAUAAUUAUCCAGAAUACUACACACCCCAUUUAUACAUUGAUGAACCAAAUUUUUUGAAAGCAAUUACAAAAACCAAAGUGACAACAUGCAAAGACGAUAAAUUGCCCAGAACAAGACUGGACACUUACAUUGGAGAAUGCAACGCGUUUGUGAUUGAAAUCGUAAGUGCCGUUGAAGAACACCGACAGGUGGUGAUACCGAAACUGAUCGCGACUUCGUACGAAUGUUUCCCCAAUCGCGAUUUCGCCCUAAUUGCCAUGAAUCCUCAGUGUUUUACGCCCUGUUUCCCGGAAAUUUUCGCGCGACUGACUCCCAGGCCGUGUCAUAGUUUUGAAGACAACGUGUAUUUUCAACACCGAGAUUUCUUUUAUGCAAAACCGUAUGUUCGUCAGGCUUCUAUGGGAGACUACGAUACCAUCGCCAGAGCGAUGCAAGCAAUGGAGCAUAAAGAAAUCUUUUUGGAAGAUUUCACCGAAGCCGUGUGCGACGAUGACAGCCCAUUGUCGGCAUACGUCCUCUGUAUAAAGUCGAAAGUCAUUGGAAUGAUAAUUCUUCAACCUUUUGUUGAUAUCGAGGAAGUUAAAAGACUAUAUUGGAUAAGAGGGUGUUACAAUGAGAAAGUGCACAAACCAUACACGUUCGGCAUGAUAAAUAACGCCAUCAGAAGCUGCGCCUUUAGUAAAUUCUCUACAUUUUUUUUAAUACAGGUGCACAGGAUAAGUGAUUUUUCCAUUAUAUUCCAUGACGUAAACUACAGUGAUACCGAAGAGCUCAAGAGAACUCGCUUUUUAAACAAUCUGAUGGAAAUCAUGGUACCGAUAAGGGUGAAAAUAAUGCCAGAAGAAAUUAAUAUGCCACUAACACCAGAAGAUCGGCGAUUCCUUAAUCGAAAGGAGCCCUCGCUAAACGAAAAACCCGAAAAAAUUGUCCUUGUCUCUACACCACAACGAAUUGCGAGACCUGUAUACGACGUGAACUAUAAGAUUGUGAUAGCUGGAGCUGAUUCGACGGCCAUUGCUUUUUUGGAAGGUCUUCUUUGUACUUGGUCCAAAGAAUGCCGAUUGAAUUAUAGCAAUGUAACUGUGAUUGCUCCCGAUGAUCUAAAUAUCGACAAGGAAUAUCACCAUUCCUACUUGAUGUUUCCACGUUCGAAUUCGUUUCAUGAAAAAUGGGUAAAUUUCAUCAUGAUUCGUUCCUUGGUCAAUUACGUGCCCGGUGAAAUCUCCGCCAUCGACAGAAAGAACAAAGUGAUUGUAGUUGACGAUUGCGCCUUUUUGAAGUAUGACGUUUUGAUGUUGGCUUGCGGCGAGAAGUUUCAGAGGCCAGGUUUCAACCCCCGGAACGUUCUACAGCAGCCCCCUCACAACUACUUUCCCCACAACGUUUUCAUUGUUAACGACCGAUCCGAAGGCCGACGUGUUUUAGAUAAAUUACUGAAACUUAUAGAAGAAGCCAAAAACGACCCAUACAGUGUAAUAGUUUAUGGUAACGUUUUGGAAGCGUAUUGUUGUUUGAAUGCUCUUUUGGCUGCCGGAAUACCUGGUAAAAAUCUCGUUUUUGUCGACCCCCCGAUCGACAGAGAGGAAUCUAUAAUAGCAGCUCCCAUGACUAAAUCAAUUUUCGACUCGAACGUUCUGGAUGCUGUCCGAAAUUCGGUUAGCGCUAACGACAUUAGGAUGCACAUAGAUUAUAAUUUUGAAAAUUGGGAUUACGACCCGCUAAAGAAGCACAUUACUGGAGCCAGGUUUAAAUCGAAACAUUUUCGCAUUUACGAACCGUGCAUCGCAAUGUUUAUGUACUCGUAUAGGACAGUGAGUCCGCAAAGUUUCAUGGCAAUGAACAAAGCAGGUCUGGUCUUUGACGGCGGCUUGGUAAUCGAUAAUCAAUACAAGACCAAUGAUCCCUACAUUUAUGGGGCCGGUUCCAUGACGAAAUACUCACGAAAAUACUAUGCCGAUCACCUGUCUCAUCGAUAUUACAAUUUAGAAGAGGUAGGUCACGAUUUUGGAAUGAAAAUUAACAAAGCGUUUAUGAAUGCUGCAAGAAAACGGAUUUUUAUGGAGGAGAAGACUCCUUUAGUGUGCGAUGACGGAGACUACAUAGUCAGAUCGUUUAAAAAGCCCAUCAAAAUGUUUUGUAAAUUACCUCGCGAUUUGCAAUAUUUGUGUGUCACGAGACCUGGCAAGUUUGUACCAUCAGGAAACCCAGAGGAUACAGACGAAUACGGCAAAGAUUUGGAAACCGGUGACAUUAACGAUUUAAGCAAGCAAGGGUAUUUUAAAAUACAUUUGAAUAAAUACAAUCACAUAGAAACGAUUUUGUGUCUUACCCGAUUUAAGCUGGACAAAAACAACCUAUUUUCAAUUUGGGGUAAGCACGAAAGUCUAUUUAAUAAACUACUUUUGAGAUACGAAAUGGGUUUGAUUAAGGAUUUCUUCGAAUACUUCCGUCAACCUUGGACAUACGCACUGUACAUGAGUGACUUUGUAGAUGUAUUACACAAAGUUAGAAACACGCUAUUCAGUCAUUGGGAUUAUUCGCUCGGAAAACCUCUCGGCCAGUACAUUAUCGAUACAUAUCGAUGGAAUAAGUGGAAGAAGUUACCCAAAGAAGUGAAGGAUGAAAUUGACGAAGAAUUUCUACAAACAGAAUAUCCGGAGUUAAUAAAAGAACAAGUUAUUCAAUUUAUUAAUAACGAAGCUCUGUAUAUGCCCAUGUACUUCGCACCAGUAAAUGACACACAUCUGUUCUUUGACGAUAACGAAGAAAGUCCGUUAUUCAAGGCGCAGUAAAUUAUGUAUUUAUUUAUUUAUUUAAUUAUUUAUUUAUCACA